CGGGCGGGAAGGGGGAAGCGCCGAGGCUGCCCGACUGGAAUCGGGGGAGCUGCAGCGACGGCGGCUGCGGGAGCAGGGCCGGUCAUGGCGGUGUGGACGCGGGCCACCAAAGCGGGGCUGGUGGAGCUGCUUCUAAGGGAGCGCUGGGUGCGGGUGGUGGCCGAACUCAGUGGCGAGAGCCUGAGCCUGACGGGCGACGCCGCGGCGGUCGAGCCUGAGCCGCCGGCGGCCGCCUUUAACGGUCUCCCGAACGGCGGUGGCGGCGACUCGCUGCCCGCGAGCCCGAACCGCGGCCUGGGGCCGCCCAGCCCUCCCGCGCCGCCCCGCGGUCCCGCUGGGGAAGCGAGCGCCUCGCCGCCCGUGCGCCGAGUGCGAGUGGUGAAGCAGGAGGCGGGCGGCCUGGGCAUCAGCAUCAAGGGCGGCCGCGAGAACCGGAUGCCGAUCCUCAUCUCCAAGAUCUUCCCAGGGCUGGCGGCCGACCAGAGCCGGGCGCUGCGGCUGGGCGACGCCAUCCUGUCGGUGAACGGCACCGACCUGCGCCAGGCCACCCACGACCAGGCCGUGCAGGCGCUGAAGCGCGCGGGCAAGGAGGUGCUGCUGGAGGUCAAGUUCAUCCGAGAAGUAACACCGUAUAUCAAGAAGCCAUCUCUAGUAUCGGACCUGCCGUGGGAAGGUGCCUCUCCCCAGUCACCGAGCUUUAGUGGCAGUGAAGACUCUGGUUCUCCAAAGCAUCAGAACACCACCAAGGACAGGAAGGUCAUCCCUCUCAAAAUGUGCUUUGCUGCUAGAAACCUAAGCAUGCCAGAUCUGGAGAACAGAUUGAUAGAGCUACAUUCUCCUGACAGCAGGAACACCCUGAUCUUACGCUGCAAGGACACGGCCACGGCACACUCCUGGUUCGUAGCUAUCCACACCAACAUAAUGGCUCUCCUCCCACAGGUACUGGCUGAGCUCAAUGCCGUGCUUGGUGCAGCCAGUGCAGCAGGAGGCAGCAAGGAAGUCAAGCACAUCGCCUGGCUGGCAGAGCAGGCAAAACUAGAUGGUGGAAGACAGCAGUGGAGGCCUGUUCUCAUGGCCGUGACUGAGAAGGACCUGCUACUUUAUGACUGCAUGCCCUGGACAAGAGAUGCCUGGGCAUCACCGUGUCAUAGCUACCCUCUCGUUGCCACAAGGUUGGUUCAUUCAGGUUCUGGAUGUCGGUCACCCUCCCUCGGAUCUGACCUGACCUUUGCUACCCGGACGGGCUCCCGGCAGGGCAUCGAGAUGCAUCUCUUCAGGGUGGAAACUCAUCGGGAUUUGUCGACCUGGACCAGAAUACUUGUUCAGGGCUGCCAUGCUGCUGCGGAGCUGAUCAAGGAAGUCUCCCUAGGCUGCACCUUAAGUGGCCAAGAGGUAAGAUUCACUGUCCACUAUGAGCAUGGCUUCACUAUCACCAGAGACAAUGGCGGCGCCAGCAGCAUAUUGUACCGCUAUCCCUUUGAACGGUUGAAGAUGUCUGCUGAUGAUGGAAUCAGAAAUCUCUAUCUGGAUUUUGGUGGCCCUGAGGGAGAACUGACUAUGGAUCUGCAUUCUUGUCCAAAGCCGAUUGUGUUUGUAUUGCACACAUUCUUAUCUGCCAAAGUCACUCGCAUGGGACUGCUUGUGUGAGCAGCCAGGGUGAAGGAAGACCUUUGACUGUCACAAGAAGUAUUUCCACCUCAAAAGAUGAAAAUCAAGAAAAAGCAACAACAACCAAGA